UCCCCAACUUUUAUAUAAACCAAGCAGCAGGCUCACCAAGGAGCCAAAAGCUAGUUGUCUCUGAAGUCUGAACCCCUCUUCCUUGCCAAGAAAACCUCAUCUCCAACACAAGAGGGAAUUAGGUGUUGUGCAAAAUGGCAGGAUUCUCCCACCUCCCACAGCAGAUGGAAUAUGGCCUUACCAAUGCUGGCAGCUUCUUGUUCUGCCACGGCCAUGUUGUAGCAGCUUCAGCUAACCCUGAGGAUGCAGCCUCACUGGAGACUUCAUCUGGGGUUCUUGACACUCCUCCAAUGGCUACUUCUUCUGUGGAAAAGAAGAGGCGGCCCUGCAGGGAAGAGCACACUGUCAGCCUCAAGUCCGCUCACUCCCCCAAGGAACCCAAGGAGAAUACCAGGAAGAGGGGAGGGAAGAAACAAAGCAAGGAGGUGGAUGAAGAAGAGGAGGAACCUAAGGGGUACAUCCAUGUGAGGGCACGGAGAGGGCAGGCAACAGAUAGCCACAGUCUUUCAGAGAGGGUGAGGAGGGAGAGGAUCAGUGAGAGGAUGAGGAUGCUGCAAGCCCUGGUCCCUGGCUGUGACAAGGUCACUGGGAAGGCCCUCAUUUUGGAUGAGAUCAUCAAUUAUGUGCAGUCCCUGCAAAACCAAGUUGAGUUCCUGUCCAUGAGGAUUGCUUCCCUGAGCCCUGUGCUGUAUGGGUUUGGCAUGGACAGAGAUGUUAGCUUCAGUGAUCAAUUGCAGAAGAUUGAAGGCAUUUGCCAUGAGGCAGCUGCAAUGCCCUCUGAUCCUGCAAUGAACAGAUCAUCAACUAGUCCAGCUCCAUCUCAAGCCAUCAUGGACACAGACACCUCCUCCUCCUCUCCACAUUACUCACUUCAAGGCACCAACGGAGGCAUGUCUCUCUCCCAGGACAAUGGCAGCAGCAUCGGCUACAUGAUGCAAACAGUAGGUGAGCCAAGGGAGGAACUAUUCAAUCAAGUGGUGUUCAGUAACUACAUGUGCUCUUUCCAGUAGUGAAAGGACCCUACAUUUGGCAACAGCAGGAGGAAAUAAUGCUGGCCCACGGUGGCUAUAGAAACUGAAGCACCAGAUGAGUUUGAGAUGUUUGGAUGAUCUAGUCCAUCCCCUUGUCUGGUGGCAUGCAUGCAGUAGAGAUCCAGUGCAGGAGUAACUAGGAUUGAUUAAUUAGCAGUAGGAGAGAGACCUGUCAUAUUUAGUAGCUAGCAAUCAUAUCUUCAAGUGUGAUGCAUUGCCAUCGCCAUUGUUGUACUCUACGUACUUAGCCAAAUUAAAGGAAGUUUAAGACGACCGAGACCA